CAUUGGUAUAUUAUCUGUCUUUCUAAUAAAAAGAUUUAUGUUGUAAAACGAAAUAUACAUACUCCACUCAGAGAAAGUAAUGAAAUUAAUGUGUAGUAUUAAAAAAAGUAAGAAUGGCACGAAAUAUUUUGAUGAGUAGCCUUGAAAACGCGUCUUUCAAUAUUUUAAUACAAAUAUUAUUCAGGUGUAUUACAUUUAUUAUUAAUGCAUGGGUGAUCAGAAAUGUUGGUCAUGAAAUAUUGGGCAUAAUGAAUGUUAGGCUACUUCUUUUAGAGAGUACUAUAUUAUUCCUUAGUCGGGAACCAUUUAACAGAGCUUGUUUAGGAAGGACUGAUGGUUUUGGAUGGAGUCAUCUUAUCAAUCAAAUUUGGCUAUCAGUCCCCAUUAGUUCACUAUUGUCCAUUGUAUUUGUAUAUAUUUGGUUAAAUUGGUUGCCUUUAGGUAAUCCGGAACAUGCAUAUCAGUAUACCUUUGGUUGCUGGAGUGUUGCCUUUUCAUGUGUUCUGGAACUUUGCUCUGCAAACUUAGCUCUUGUAGCUCAACAUUUUUGUUUUAUUAAGUUGAAAGUUGUUUUGGAUACAUUACAUAUUUUUGUGAGAACACUUUUGUUUUUAUCAAUCAUAAUUUAUGAUAGAUCAUUGGCACUUAUUGCCUUUUCAAUAGCUCAAGUAGGAAGUAUAUUUGUUGUUGUUCUGUCAUAUUACAUAUUCUUUUACUGGUAUGUUAAAAAUAAGCCUUUGUAUGCAAAGGGUGCACUUAAAAGUCAGUUAAUUCCUGAUGCAGUCUUGCAUAAAUUGUAUGAGAAUAUGGAUGAUUUUCAAUUUACAUCUAUUCAGGAGUUUCUACCUAAAUAUUUAGGUUCAAUCAGUACCACAUUUAAUAAAAAAUUAAGUACCCUCACUUUCAGUUUUGCAAAGCAAGGAUUUGUUAAACAGUUGUUAACAGAAGGUGAAAAAUAUGUUAUGUCUAUGAGUCCAGUUAUGACCUUUUCAGAACAAGCAACUUAUGAUGUUGUCAAUAAUUUAGGUAGUUUAGCGGCUAGAUUUGUGUUUAGGCCAAUUGAAGAUAGUAGCUAUUUUUACUUCACACAAAUGGUGAGUAGAGACUUGCCUCUUCAUAAACAAGACCAAAACAAGAUUCAGGAAUCUUGUGCAGUUUUAUCAAAUGUAUGUAAAACAGUGAGUUCCAUUGGUUUGAUAGUACUAGUAUUUGGACAAAGUUAUUCACAUACAUUAUUGCUUUUGUAUGGAGGAGAGGCGUUCGUUGCAGGUGGAUUGCCUGUACAAUUGCUGAGAAGUCAUUGUUUGGCAAUUGUUUUGUUAGCUAUUAAUGGAGUUACUGAAUGCUAUUCAUUUGCCACAAUGACUAGUAGCCAGUUAAAUAGCUAUAACUAUUUAAUGGUAAUUUUCUCUGUAAGUUUCUUAGUUUUGUCAUAUUGUUUGACAUAUAUUUUUGGUCCUAUAGGAUUCAUCAUUUCAAACUGUAUAAAUAUGUUUGCUAGGAUAAUGCACAGUAUUCAUUUUAUAAGGAACAAAUAUAAAGAUACGGAAUAUAAGCCUUUGAAUGGCUUGCUUGUUGGCAAAAUAUUUUUAUCAACAUUGUUCAUUGCUGGUUUUGUAUGUAAAAUAUCUGAAAUUCGCUUAUUCCCUUCUUUUAUAUUACUCCACAUAUUAGUGGGCGGAAUUAUGCUGCUAUGUGUAUUGAUAGCUUGGGGCUAUGAAAACAGAGAACUGGUUGUUAAGAUGCACAGAAAAAUUAUGAAUAAGGAAGAAAAGCUGUCAGUUGAUUAAUAGUUACCUAUUUGUUAACUUUUUCUAAAAUAUAUUUAAGGGUGAACAGACAAAAAUUUAAUAUAUAUAUUUAUAUUUAUCAGUACCUCUACCGAGAGUAAUAAAAACUAUCCAU